AUGGUUUCCUUCAUCCUCUGCCUUCUCCCUGCUCUCCUAGCUACGAGUGCACAAGGUCAGACCCUGACAUGUAACACGUGCUUUGGCCAAACGGAGACCUGCAAAUUCGCUCCAGGAACCUGCCAAGACAACAAUGUUACUGGUGGCUGCCUCUCCGUGGCAGAAGCUAUUACACUGGAUGGGACACAGAACACGAACUUCUACAAACAGUGUCUAAGUAGCUAUACAAGUGACAUAAAAGUCCCCAUCUCUUUCACUGUUGGGAAUGGCAAGUAUGUGAGGAUCAAUAUCAAGCAAUGCAACAACGCAGAUAAAUGUAACUCGCCUGUACUUGGAGUGCCCACGGGGAGCACCACAGAGAAUGGGCUGCAGUGCCCAACCUGCUUUGCUCUGAACUUCGCUCUUUGCAACAGCUCAGUCACCCCUUGUACCGGGGACGAGACCUACUGCAUCGAUUUCACUGGGUUUCUAUACCAAGGUCCAUCUUUUUCACCAUUUGAAGCAAAAGGCUGCGCUUCUGCAUCUGCUCAGGCCGUUAAACCUGGAACCAACCUGACGUCUACACCCUACACAUUCUACUUUUUUUGGGGGAAAACUGUUCAGGCAGAGAAAAUACCCACCAGCCCCCCUCCCACAACCACCACCCCCGCUAAUACCACCAACCCCCCUCCCACAACUGCCACCCCCGCUAAUACCACCCUCCCCACCCAAACAACCCGCAGUGGGUCCAGCCCGGCUGUGGGGACAUUCUCCUUUGCCCUCUACCUGCCUGGCCUGACUGGGCUGCUGCUGGUGAAGCUGCUCUCCUGA